AUGUCUGAAGGUUCCAGAAAAAUCACAGAUAGAAUAAGGGAAUGGUACAACUGGCUAACCACCCACGUACCAUCAUCCAUCAGGAAGGGCGUGUCCGACGCUUUUAACACCAUGAGGCAAAAGGUUGUAAAACUGUACAGCGACAAAGAGGAAGAAGACCAGUGGUACGACGCAAGGGAGAACUUUAGCGACGAGGACGAACAGUGGUACGACGUCAAUCCGGAAGAGGACCUGAAACCCGUCCCGACCAAGCGUGGUAUAAAAGGGAGGGUAAAGAAGUAUGUCAUCAACCCCAACGGGUCGUACGACCCGGUCCACUUCCUCGAUAUCACAAAGGACGAGGUCGAGACGCUUAUAAAUUCCGAAACAGAACCAAGGAAUGUUAGCGUGUCCUUAGCAUGCGAGAUGGUAAGGAACGACCCGAAAACAGAGGAAGAAGUAUCCGUGGUCGCACACUUCAGAUCGAAGACACACAAACUCGUCGGUACGGAUGACACGGAAGAGUCUUUUAACACCAUGAAGGAAAAGAUGCUAAAAUCCUUUUCCGAAUACCAGAAGCGUGGUAGCGGGUGGAGGCUUCGGAGGGUAGAUCUGCUCGAAAUUCAUAUCGGAGAAUACCAGCCGUUAAGAGGAAAGGGUUACGUACCAUUAUCCGAGACGAUCAGGAAGAAGAAAGCGAUCAUCAAUAUGAAGAACGACGACGACGAAUGUUUUAAGUGGGCUGUGACCCGCGCACUGAAUCCUAUAAACAUCCAUCCGGAAAGAAUUUCAAAGGAACUCAAGGAACAGUCCAGAAAGCUAGACUGGAAAGGGAUAGAGUUCCCAACACCCCGGGACAAUAUCAAAAAGUUUGAAAAGAACAACAACAUCGGUGUUAACGUGUUUGGGCUUGACGGAUGUCAUAAGGUAUGUCCCUAGCGAAUAUCCGGCAGUGUCGAUUCCAUAAACCUCUUCCUGUGGAAGAACCACUAUAGUGUCAUCAAGGAUAUGUCGAGACUUGUAGGCGAACAGGUUAACGAUCAUGGACACAAAAAACACAUCUGUAACCGUUGCCUCAACGCAUUCGGAUCGAGUGAACUUUUGGAGAAACAUCUGAAGUUAUGUUCGAACAAUAAUUAUCAGAGACACGAGUAUCCGGAACCCGGUACUACUACGGAGUUUAAAAAUUACGAAAGAACACAAACCGUUCCGUUUGUCAUCUAUGCGGACUUCGAAUGCUACAUCGAAGGGAUGGACACGGUUGGGCGAAACCCCAACAGAUCAAGUACCACUCAAUACCAAAAGCACAACCCCAGCGGAUUCUGUUACUACGUCAAGUGUUUCGACAAUUCCAUUUACGGACCCAAGCUGGUACACUAUACCCAACAACACGAGGGAGAAGACGUUACUAAAAAGUUUGUGGAUAUUUUGGAAGAGGAAGUCCAUGAUAUAUACAACAGGUUCAAAUUCAAGGAACCUAUCAAGAUGUUUUUCAAAGAUACCGAAAAUUAUGAAAGGGCAACUGUCUGUUAUUCGUGUGGAAAGGAAUUCACUACGAAAGACGGCAAGGUAAGGGAUUAUUGUCAUUAUACGGAAGCGUACAGGGGUGCGACACACAAUACGUGUAAUUUAAAAAUGAGAAAGUCGAGAUUCAUCCCGGUACUUUUUCAUAACCUCGAAGGAUACGAUGCUCAUCUAUUUAUCAGAAACCUUGGGGUAAGUAGUGGAGACAUCAAAUGUAUUCCUAAAACGGAAGAAAAGUACAUUUCCUUUACUAAGGAGAUAGAGGUUGGUAAGUUUACCGACGAAAACGGAAAGGAGAAGAAGGUCAAAAGAGAGCUAAGGUUCAUUGACUCGUUCAAGUUUAUGGCAAGCUCCCUGGACAAGCUCGUUAAGGGUUUGGGUAAGGACGACUUCAAAAAUUUGGAUUUGAUGACGGGUCGUAGCACUAAGGAACGGAGGGAGUUGCUUAAACAGAAGGGUGUUUACCCUUAUGAAUAUAUGGAUGGUUUUGAGAGGCUUAAAGAAACAUCGCUCCCACCGAAGGAGAAAUUUUUCAGCAAGCUUAACAACGAAAACAUAAGUGACACAAUUACGAAAGAGCCUGGAACGUAUGGAAUACCUUCAACAUGA